AGCCCUGUUUUCUUAUAGAAUGAAUGUCACGUCUGUAUAAAAUAUAUGAACCUGAUGUUAUUGUUGGGAGCAUCAAGGCUCCUUGUUCCCUGAAUCCCACAUGCCAUGAACAUUGGUUUGCAUCAAAACCCAGAUUAAGUUACUUGAAACUUAAAGUAAAGAAUAUAAUCUUUGCCCAAAAGUCUAUGGUUUAGGAUUUUGAUACGUGAAAGAACCUUCACAGAAUGUACCACGCGGGGAAAAAUUCGCAGCCUUAUUGGACCAUUAACCCUCAACUUCUCACAUAAAUUUCUUCCCAUUCCAGCAAAUUAAAGUGUUUAACAACGGGGCAAUUUGGGAAGUAAGCAUAAAACCCAAAUUAAGCAGAGAAAUCUUGUUUGUCUUAAAUGUAUGUCAGAACCUAGCUAGGAAGGUUAAAGAAACAACACUGUUUCCUUUGCAUGUGAUUUAUGUUCCCUCCCCUGUGUUUUCUGAUAGAGAAGCCUUCUCUCUUGUCUCUUACUCAUCCUUACAUAUUCUUUUCUCUCCUUUUUAUCUCUGAAAGAAGUCCAAAUCUUAGAUUUAAGUUUUAGUAUUGUAUAAACAAAUGAACCUUUAAAACAGUUCUUUCAAUUUCCCUUCUCCAAACCAUGUCUCCCUCUCAAACUCAUCAAGCCAUGUCUACUUCUUCUUCUAUCUGGUUCCUUUCUUGUAGAAAACUUAAGUUCUUUACUAGAAUCCGUAGGUUUUUGCAAUCCAAAGCAGCAAGGAAACGUUACGGGUCAUCAUCAUCUGAACAUUCAAACAAGUUAAUAAUAAAAAACUACACUGAUAAAGAGGAAGAUCAGCUAGAUAUGGAGAAAGAAAGCGAGCUCGAUGGUUCCGUGGUGUUGCAAAAAUCUGUGAAGAUGCUUCACUUUGGGAGCUGGGAAGAGAAAGAGAUGGCUGCUAAGGCGAUCGAGAAACUCGCUAAAGAAGAUAUUAAGACAAGGAAGUUGAUGGCAGAGCUUGGAGUUAUACAUAUGCUUGUGUCUAUGGUGGCUACUGAUGUGGUUGGCCGCCGUCGGGCCGCCAUCAAGGCCUUGAUCGAGCUUGCAAAUGGAACUUUUACAAACAAGGCUUUAAUGCUAGAGGCUGGAAUAUUAUCGAAGUUACCAAAAGACAUUAAUGUUAUAGAAGAACAAACGAGGCACGAAUUUGCAGAACUGUUAUCAUCAUUAUCUUCUAUAUCAAAUACCCACUUCUCUCUAGCCACAUCUGAGAUCCUCCAGUUUCUCAUUGGCAUUCUUGAGUCAGCCUCCAACCUUGAAACUAAGGAGUCUUGUUUAGGUGUUCUAUACAAACUGUCUGCUGUGGUAGAAAAUGCUGGACCUAUGGUAUCUAAUGGAAUCGUGCACACUCUCUUGAAGCUAUCUUCAUUCAAAGAACUUUCAGAAAAGGCACUUGCAGCACUAGGUCACUUGGUGGUGACCUUAAUGGGAAAAAAGGCCAUGGAAGAUAGUUCAGUGGUACCAGAGAGCUUGAUUGAGAUUUUAACAUGGGAGGAUAAACCCAUAUGCCAAGAAUUAUCAGCUUACAUUCUAAUGAUUUUAGCUCAUCAAAGCUCAACACAAAGGGAUAAAAUGUCAAAGGCAGGAAUUGUUCCUGUAAUUCUUGAAGUGUCCUUAUUGGGAAGCCCUUUAGCUCAAAAGAGAGCAAUGAAAUUAUUACAAUGGUUUAAAGAUGAAAGGCAAGCAAAGAUGGGACCUCAUUCUGGACCACAAACAGGAAGGGUUGCAAUUGGUUCACCUCUGCAUCCAAGGGAGGCUCAGGAAGGAAAGAAAAUGAUGAAGAAUCUGGUGAAGCAAAGUCUUCUAAAGAAUAUGGAAAUGAUCACCCGAAGAGCCAAUGCUGCUGGUGAUUCUUCUAAUCUCAAGUCCUUGGUACUCAGCACAAGCUCUAAAAGCUUGCCUUACUAAACUGUUUUCUGUAACACUUUGAUGAUCAAUUUUUGUGUUUCGAAAUUGGAGUGCAAUUCUUUUGCAAUGGCAUGUAAUUAUUGCAAAUGAUGGGAAAGAUAACGAAGGUUUUCCCCACAUAGAUGGAAGAAUUCAGCAACUUUGUGAAAGAAUGCACUAAAUCCUUCGUUCAGCCGCCGCCCAUUGGAACCACCACAAACGGUUCUUCUGCCUCCCUUUCCUAUUUUUCCCACUUUCUACCCACCCCAAAUCCUAAACUCUCAAAACCAAAACUCUAAGCACACUUCCCCUUUCUUUCUUUCGAUUUUUUUUUUCUGACAAUUGAUUGUGUUCCCUAUUUUUUUUCCUGGGUGAAAAUUUUUUGGAUAAAAAAAGAUGGGAAUUUUAUUUUGUAAUGGGGGUUUUGGAUCGUAAAUUUGAUGAUGCUUUUUGUAAUGGUAGAUUUUCGAGUUAGAAACGUUACUAGUGGUAAAAAAUUGGGAUU